UGCCACCUAGCGGAAAUGCCAUACAACACAUCAUGGCCUCUACCACUGGCUGACUACCAUUUUUUUCUUCUUGACGGGGAUUUCCUGAGGAAGUAAGACCAAAGCAAAGGGGGCUUUCCAACCACUAGACAUCAAGACAAGAGCAAGUCAGCAGCGGCUGCUUUUUCUGCUAUAUUCCCGUAUGGAUUUUAGUACAUUUCCUUUUAACAUUCUGUUUUUAAAAUGUCAGCUACGGAUCAAAAGCCUCUAGCUGCCUGUUUUAAAACCGGCAGUGUUUGGUCGUUUUCAUUGUAAGCGGUUACAUUGUGGCGCUCAUGAAAGUGCCAUUCAUCGAAGCUCCAUUUGUAACAUUGUAGCUCCUGGAAAACUGCGUUGCGUUGGCCCACGUUAUAUCUGAUUCAUGUCAUGUCAGCAGGGCGGAAUGCGGACGGGCGGGAGCUGCAGAUCCCCCUCCAGCAAUGCGCUCUCUCCCUGGCCGCUCUCUCCCUGGCCCAGCGCCCCUGGCCCAGCGACCACGUGGCAGGCUUCCUACCCCAGCACGGGGGCUUCAGGGACCACUUCGUAGCCACCCCGGAACCCAAGUACUGCUGUGAGUCCUGCAAGCUGGUGCUCUGCAACCCCAGGCAGACAGAAUGCGGACACAGGUUCUGUGAAACCUGUAUCUCUGAUCAGCUAAGCAAACCGAAUCCAGUAUGUCCAGAAGAUAAGGAACCUCUGUUCAAAGACAAGGUCUUCCGUGACGUAUGCUGCCAUAGAGAGAUCAUGGCUCUGAGAGUGUACUGCAGGAGUGAAAAGAACGGCUGUAAGGAGCAGAUCAGUUUACAGCAGGUCAUGGAUCAUUUAAAUGUGUGUCCGUAUUUUGAGGUGCCAUGCCCUUUGGGAAAGUGCAAAGAGAAGAUGAUGCGCAAAGACAUUCCUGAACAUUUGAGUUGGAAAUGUAAACACAGGGAGACCACCUGUGAAUUCUGCAUGCAGAAGAUGGCCAUGACUGAGUUACAGAAACACAAAGACACCGUUUGUCCUUCAUUUCCGGUGGCCUGCCCCAAUCAUUGUACUUUCCCCUCCAUCUUACGGAGCAAACUGACGAGUCAUCAACAUGAGUGUCCCAAGGCUCAUGUCACCUGCUCCUUUAUCCGCUUUGGAUGCAAUUUCAAGGGUCUCAACCAAGACAUGAGGGACCAUGAAUCUAGCUUUGCCUCUGAACAUCUGCGGUUGAUGGCAACCAGAAACACUACACUGGAGGCCAAGGUGGAGGAUGUUAAAGGAGAGCUUCUAGAGCGGUACAAGGUUCUGCCGGGCCUGAGCAGCCGUCUGUCUGAAACAUUGUCUCACUACGAGGAGAUGAGGGAGAAGAAUAGACAGCUGGACCAGAAGCUCAAUACCAUGCAGGAGUUGAUGAGUUCCCACUCUGAGAAGCUUCUGGAGAUGGAGCUGGAGCUGAGGUCUCUGAGGUCUGUCCGAGAGGAGGUGGAGACCCUCCGAGGAACCGUGGAGAGCAUCCGCUCCAGAGUCGCCACUCUAGAAGGAGGGCGGGGCGGGGCCAACCCAGCCACACACACACUAGAGACACAGCUCUCCCGUCACGACGACAUGCUGAGCGUCCAUGAGAUCCGACUAGCAGACAUGGACCUGCGCUUCCAGGUUCUCGAGACGGCCUCCUUCAAUGGGAUGCUCAUCUGGAAGAUCCGUGACUACAAGCGGCGGAAACAAGAAGCCGUGGCGUCAAAGACCCUGUCGCUCUACAGCCAGCCUUUCUACACUGGCUACUUUGGCUACAAGAUGUGUGCCCGGGUCUACCUGAACGGAGACGGCAUGGGGAAAGGAACCCACUUGUCGCUGUUCUUCGUGGUGAUGCGUGGCGAGUACGAUGCCCUUCUGCUCUGGCCCUUUAAGCAGAAGGUGACCUUGAUGCUGAUGGAUCAGGGCCCAGCCAGAAAGCACUUAGGGGAUGCCUUUAAACCAGACCCCAAUAGCAGCAGCUUCAGACGGCCCACGGCAGAGAUGAACAUAGCCUCAGGCUGCCCGCUGUUCGUGGCCCAGACUGUGCUGGAGAACGGUACUUACAUCAAGGACGAUACCAUCUUCAUUAAGGUCACAGUAGAUACGUCUGACCUCCCUGACCCUUGACCUAUGGUCUGUAGAGAACAGAAGAUGUAUCCGGAUCAGUUUUAUCUGUCAGAGGGAGAGGUGCCCUUAUGUGAGAGAGAUUGCAAGAUGAAAUGGAGUAAAAAAAAGAAGGAAGCAGAACGAGAAAAGAACAAAAAAGUUAGCAGAAUAAGGUUUCUUUGCAGAUCUCAGUGUGUAGCCUAAGCCUGUAGAAAGAGCAGAGUGGACCUCCGAGCAGUAGCCUGUGGUCCCUUUGUUGCUCACUAGAGGUGAGAGGAUUAUUUUUCAACAAGGGAGAUAUGUCACAAGCAGGGUUGGGUAGGUUACUUUCUAAAUAUCAUCCGUUACAGUUACUAGUUGCCUUUCCAAAAUUGUAAUCAAUAACGUAACUUUUGGAUUACCCAGAGGCUUUGUUACUUUUAGAUUAUUUUCCCCUUAAGAGGCAUUAGAAGAAGACA